UUUGUGUCCGCGCCACCCGCUACGAAACUGCGACUCUUGCCCAGCCAAGGGAAUCUAACGCAUCAAUCAUCUAUAGCCGCGGGGCAGCCACACCGCUCGCCGCCCACGCCGGGCAGCUUUGCUCCAUCGGUCAGUGCACUGUCUUUGGCACCGCUCGGGCGCGCUUGUACGAAACGCUUCGGCACAUCGCAGCACCACAAUAAUUCGACGCCAUGUCGGAGUUCGACUACGACGCCUUCACGCAGCAAUUAAAAGUCAAACUGGCCGAGGACAAAACACCAAAACCAAGCAGGACGCUGCACCUCGAGUUUUGUGGAGACCCCUUCGAUCCAUUGACUGCCGUGAACAUCAGACACAUACGGGCGGCCGUGCGCGCCUACGCGGCGGAACGCGCCGCAUCCAACGAGCCGCUCCUGAAGGUCGAGACGCACCGCGUGUCGAGCUUUUUAAUCCCGGGCUACUGCAGCAUGCCCGACGACUGGACCGAGACGCACGCGUCGUACAUUGCACGGCCCGGCGCGCGCGACGACGAAAGUGAUGUGCUCGAGCGCGCGCACAAGGUGGGGUUGCUGAGAGAGGGCUGGACGAAGGACGCGCUCGCAAAACGUACACAUGGCAACGCGACGAAGGCGCACCGGUUGAUUGCCUUCGUCGGGGCGCUGCGCGGCGCGGCGGCCGCGGAGAAAUGCGUGGACGCGCUGCAGACGGCGCACUUCGCCGAUGGUAAAGCUCCUUCUGAUCCAGCCUUGUUGGACGCGGCGGCGGUCGCCGGCGGCACUUCCAAAUUUGUUGUAAGGCGCUUCCUGCAGACGCGCGAGUUGGAGAAGGAGGUUGCCCAGAUGGCGGACGCGGUCGACCGGAGCAUUGCCCGAGACAGGCUGCCCGCCCUUAUUGUGGAUGGGGAGCUGGCCGUCGAGGGGCCCCACUUUGAUAGGGACGCCGUCCUCGCGGCGCUGCGCGCGUGUCCUGAGCCGACGGGCGCGCGCGCGUUUCCGCCGCCGAGGCGAGACACCUCGAAGCGGAGAGAGCACGAGCCGCUCGACGUGUCUGUGCCGCCUGGUGUAACAAACUAGCACAUUA